AUGGCAAUGGCGGAAGGGCUCAACAUUGCUGAAGAUGUAAGCCAGCUGAUUGGGAAGACACCCAUGGUUUACUUGAAUAAGGUUGUCAAAGGUUGUGUUGCAAAUAUAGCUGCCAAGCUUGAGAUUAUGGAGCCGUGUUGCAGUGUCAAGGAUAGGAUAGGAUAUAGUAUGAUAGCUGAUGCCGAGCAAAAGGGGCUUAUAUCUCCUGAGAAAACUACUUUGGUUGAAUGUACUAGUGGAAAUACGGGAAUUGGGCUUGCAUUUAUAGCUGCCUCCAAAGGAUACAAGAUAGUGUUGGUGAUGCCUGAUACCAUGAGUCUCGAGAGACGCAUUCUGUUAAAAGCUUUUGGAGCUGAACUUGUUUUAACGGAUGCGAGGAAAGGCGCAAUAGAAUGUAUUAAUAAAGCUGAAGAAAUAACGAAAAGAACCUCUCACGCUUAUAUGCUCAGACAAUUCGACAAUCCUGUGAAUCCCCAGACUCACUAUGAAACCACUGGCCCAGAGAUAUGGGAAGCUACAAAUGGGAAAGUAGACAUAUUCGUCGCCGGAAUUGGAACUGGUGGUACCAUUUCUGGAGUCGGUCGAUAUCUCAAACAGUAUAAUCCCAAUGUGAAGGUAAUUGGCGUGGAACCCACGGAAAGCAACAUCCUCUCUGGUGGAAAACCUGGUCCUCACAAAAUUCAAGGGAUCGGAGCAGGUUUUGUUCCAAACACUUUAGAUCGAGAUGUAAUGGAUGAAGUAGUAGAGAUAUCAAGUGAAGAAGCUAUAGAUAUUGCCAAGCAAUUGGCCCUUCAGGAGGGAAUACUGGCGGGUAUUUCUUCUGGAGCAGCAGCAGCUGCUGCUAUUAAAGUUGGACAGAGACCAGAAAAUGCUGGAAAACUUAUAGUGACUCUCUUUCCCAGCUUCGGGGAAAGAUACUUGUCAACAGUUCUUUUUGAGUCCAUAAGCCAAGAAUGUGAGAAGAUGCAACCCGAGGCGUGA